UGGCAGCAGCUAGUACGCCCUAGACGCCGAGUCCCACGGAGGCGUCUCUGCGGGUGGACCCCUGGGCGAGCAGUGGAACCCCUUGCUGUCUGCGGUCGCUCGCGGAGCUAGCCGGGGUCCGAGACCGCCAGCCCGCCAGCCUUACCGAUCGCCCUGUGGACGAGAGGGGGCGUUCACGCAGGCGGCUCGAGGAAGGCCUGGUACUUUCGUUGUAAAGCUCUCGUUUCCUUGGGGAACAGAACUGUUAGCGCAGCAGGUGCUCUGUCUUUAGUCUUCCCCGGUCCACCCACGGCCCAAAGGGUUUAAAUCUUGGCUCCAGUCUCUGGGGAGAAGUUAUAAUUAUUCAGUAUGUUUCCACUGAGUGAGGAAAACAAGCAUGUGGCCCAGCUGUUGUUUAGUUCUGGUACCUGUCCAAGAUGUAUCUUCAGAUUGUGUGGUGUGGAUCUUCAUGCACCUUACAGACGCCCAUCCAAGGAGUUGUUCAAUGAUCUACAGAAAUUUCUAGAAACUGAAAAAGAUGAAUUAAUUGUGGAAGUUCCAAACCCACCAUUGAAGAAAAUUCGUCUCCAAGAAGACGGAAUGGAUAAUUUGAGUGGAAAUGGAGAGGAGGGGAUCUCUGCCCCAGAAGAGGAAAGCAUUGCCUCUGAGCCUUCAAAUCUGAGUGUGUGCAACAUUUGCUUAGGAAUUCUUCAAGAAUUCUGUGAGAAGGAGUUUAUUACAAAGGUGUGCCAAAAGGUUGAAGCCUCUGGGUUUGAAUUCACCAGUGUGGUUUUAUCGGUUUCCUUCCCGCCACAGCUGUCUGUGAGAGAGCAUGCUGCGUGGUUGCUGGUGAAGCAGGAGAUGGGAAAGCAGAGUCUGUCUAUGGGAAGAAAUGAUGUGGUUCAGCUGAAAGAAGCCUUCAAAUGGAUAACUCACCCCCUGUUCUCAGAGGAACUUGGAGUUCCCAUUGAUGGGAAGAGCUUGUUUGAAGUGAGUGUGGUCUUUGCUCAUCCAGAAACAGCUGAGGAUUGCCACUUCCUAGGUGAAGUUUGCCCAGAUUGUUUCAAACCAGCCAAAAACAAACAGUCAGUGUUCACCAGAAUGGCCGUUUUGAAAGCUUUGAAUAAGAUAAAAGAAGACGAUUUCCUCGAGCAAUUCCCUUGUCCUCCAAACUCACCAAAGACUGUGUGCACUGUCCUUGGAAUUGAGUGUACUCAUGGUGCUGUUUUUGUUGCUGGCAGAUACAAUAAAUACUCCAGGAAUCUACCACAAACUCCUUGGAUAAUUGAUGGAGAAAGGAAAAUGGAAUCUUCGGUAGAAGAAUUAAUUUCAGAUCAUCUCUUGGCAGUAUUCAAAGCAGAGAGUUUUAAUUUCUCAUCCUCUGGAAGAGAAGAUGUAGAUGUGAGAACUUUAGGAAAUGGAAGGCCCUUCGCGGUGGAGCUGCUCAACCCUCAUAGAGUGCAUUUCACUUCACAAGAAGUCAAGGAGCUCCAGCAGAAAAUUAAUAAGUCAUCUGACAAAAUCCAAGUACGUGACUUGCAGCUUGUCACCAGAGAGGCAAUCGGGUAUAUGAAGGAAGGUGAGGAGGGUAAGACCAAGACCUACAGUGCCUUGAUUUGGACGAAUAAAGUCAUACAGAAGAAAGACAUUGGAUUCCUAAAUGACUUAAAGGACAAAGUAAUAGAUGGCAUUACUCCAUUCCUUAAGUCAGGAAGGCAGACAGAAGCUCUUGGAAGGCAAUGGCAGUCCUGUAAGAAGAACCAACCGUGCUGAUGACCUCACCUCUGUUGACAGGCUUUCUGCGGAGCGUGACUCCUGCGGAAGGCCGUGCGUGAAAGGAGCUUUUCUGACUUUGUUAAAAGUGGCAAAAUCAGCAGUGUCAAACUGGAAAGAAAAUGACAUUAGCUGGAUGUAGUGGCACAGCACAUGAAGGUGUGAGUUCAGGACCAGCCUGGGCUGUGAGUGAGACUAAGCAAGCCAGCAGAGCAGCUCUGGGUGAGCUAGUGGUGGAACGAGCAUCCUGUAGCUAUUCAAAUUAAAGCCAGAAGCAGGGCAUGGUUUUACUUAAUGUGGCUUAGUGUGUGUCUGUGCUUAUCAAAAAACGUUGGGGAAAGACUACAGUGUCAGAGUCUGACUCAGGAGACAAGCACAGCGAGAGAUGUGAAUGUCCACCCAGCGACGCCUGUCACCUCCACAGGCUUUGCGCUUUGCUCUUGCCUAGGGCCUUCAGGACAGGAGUUUGGGUUUUGUUGUGGUUUGAUUGAGACAGGUUACUGUGUAGCCCACACUGCCCUCAAACUCACUGUGUAGCCGAGGAUGAUGCUGCCCCUCUGAUCUUCCUGCAUCCACCUCUGAGUGCUGGAUUACAGGGAUGUGUCACCACGCCUGUUUUUGUGCUGUGCUAGGGAUUGAACCCAGGGAUGUGCAAGCAGUGUGCCAAGUGAGCCACAUCUCCAGCCCCAGAGAAGUAGAUACAGUACAGACAUACCUUUAAGAACGCAGACAGAUUUAUGGAGUCUGUAAGAUCAUAUAUCCCUUCAUAGAUGUAUAAAUCAGCUGAAUAUAAUGGUACAUGUCUUUAAGCCCGCACUGAGUAAGCAAAGGCAGACAGAUCUCUGAGUUCAAGGCCAGCCUGGUCUACAUAGUGAGAUCCUGUCUAAAAAACCAAACCAAAAACCCACCAAAAAUGUAAAUGUAUGAAUCAUUUAGAAUGCUAUUAAAAAGGAAAUUCAUUAAAAAAAAAAAAAAGGUUUGGGAGCUGGCAUUGAGGCUCAGUGAGAAAUAAGUCCAUUAAAAAUAGAUUCAAGGGCUGGGGUGUAGCUCAGUGUCAGGGUGCUUGCCUACGGCAAGGCCCUCGAUCUGAUUCCCAGCACUGCAAAAACAAGACAAAACAGCCCAGUUUGGGGGUUACCGUGGCUCCAACUCAAAAGUAACAUAGAAAGGUGGCUGUGUAGGGACAUUGGAAGUGGUAAGAGACCACUCCCGGGCACACUGCUGGGCCGGGUUGGUUUCUAGUGACAUUGUUAUAGUUUACAAAAUUCCCAUUGGCUGAGAGAUAGAAGCUGAGUUAUUUCUCUGUUCUGAGAAAAAGACCACCUCAGGUUCACUGCUUGCCGCCUCUUUAAAGGGCAGCCUACUUCAGAGGAAAAACUGUGCUUGUGUGCUUCUGAAAAUUCAGCAGUGUGGGACAACACAGUACAGAGCUCAGAGUGGGUGUAAUGGUUUCCUUUUGUGGUCUAAACAGCAGACCAAAAGGACACAUGGCAUGUGUACUGAUGAGUCCUGAGUUACGGCUCUGGUGAUUGGCUCCUAGUCAGUCCUGGGAGUCAAGUAACAGAAGCCAGAGAGUUCUCACUGGAUAGUUGCUUGUAUUUGUUUGUUCAUUUCUCUCUGUGUCUCUGUCUCUCUUUCUCUCUCGAUGACAAGGUCUUACCAUGAAGCUC